AUGUCCCGUGCCGAUUGCGUGUCGAAGUUCACGACGCUCUUCGUGGCGGCGGUCGCGGCAACAGAUCCAAGGGUUUGGCCGAGUUCGAGGUGGACGGGCUUCGACCACAGCGUCGAUUGGAUGGGCGUCUUGGAGUCGUGCCACGGCUUGCUGACCCGCGUCUUCCUCAAGUGGUCGCGCGUGAAGGGGUGGCCGCUGGCACGUUUUUACUUGCACCCCCUUCGGCCUUCGAAGACCUACCAGCUCACGGACAGCAGCACGCUCGAGGACGCGCUGCGCUUGGAGAACCAGCCAGGCGUUGACAUGGCGGGCCAUGCCGCAGGUGGCGGCGCACCAGCGGCCAGCUCGGAGCAGGAGCCCGAGCGCGCCCCCUGCGGCGGCGCCCGCAAGACCAGCGCCGACGAGGAUCGCAAGAAGGAGGACUCGAUCCAUCGGUAUUGGGGCGCCAGGUGGUUGCACCAUGGCAACGCUGGCGCGAAGCUCACGGUGAUCAGGAGGGUCCUGGAGCCGCUGAGAAAGAUCAUGUCCAAGUACUUGGACCACGCUGGCGUCAAGCACGACGGCCGGAUGGAGUACCUCAAGGUCCAGGCUGCGGCGGGGAGGUGCGGUGACUGCACCGACGAGCUGCUCCCAAUGGUCGCCGCGUGCAAGCAGGUGUUCGAAGGCGAGUUCUUCCAGGACCUGAGGGCCCUCAUCCUGACCGAGGGGCCGUGGGACAUCAUCACGCCUGGGCUCAGGACGCGUGACCUUCGCACGUUGGCGUUCGUGAUGCUGGGCGAGAUCGGCUGCCUCUGCCACGAGCUCACCGUCGUUCACUCCAUGCACCCCUUCAAGAUGUUCACGCUGCUGGGCGGGGGCGGGGGGAGCGCGGCCGACAUCGAGAACGACUGCGACGACAUGAAGGACGAGUGGAGCAAGGCGUUGAUCGAGAAGUACGCGAAGACCGAUCAGGGCUUGCUCAACCCAGACCUCAACGCUGAGCUGAUGCACGCAGCCCUCAGCAUCAGGCGUGAGACUUGCAGCAUCGAGUCCAGCCGCGCUGCCAUCCGACGGAGCCUCGCCGCGCUGGGCGUGCAGACCCACCCGAUGCACAUCAGGCGCCUGUCAGCACUGAGGACAUGCCAGCGGUUCCGCACGCGGCGGCAGCGGCUGCGCAGCGGGCCUGGGCGUCACGUGAUCAGGACAACGGUGCAGCAGGCGGCCAGCAAAAAGUUUCCAGCCAGGAGGCGCUACCGCGGCUUCGGAGGCGCUUGGCGGGCCUUCGUUCGACAGCAGACGCUGGGCAGGACGGGCUCCCCCGACUUCGCGGAGCUCGGGCGGGCGUACGCGGCGUUGUCCGCCGAGCAGAAGAGCGUGCUCAUGGAAGUGGGACAGGCCGCUACCACAGCAGCACGUGCUGGCAAUAAGACUCCGUUCGGAGGGAGCUCGCGCUCACUCGAGGCGCGGGCUAGGAAGGCUGACCUUGCGCGUCGAGUUCAGGACCUGUCAGAGAGCAAGCGCGCUGCGUUGCUGAACUCGGCCGGCGGGAUUCAGGGCGACGUCGCAGUGGCCACCUACGACGGCAUCAUCGGCAUCGCCUCGUCGAACCCCAAGCACCUCACGGAGAUGGCAGACUGUCGGCAGCUUGAGCGCGCUGAGCGGGCUUGGCGCGCCUCCGACAAGGCCUUGAUCAACGACGUCGUGUCGAAGUGGUGCUCGGAGGAUGGCGCGGCGGCGAGGGAGAAGUGCUUGUCCCACGAGUCGGAGAUCAAGGCGAGACUCAACGAGUUCCUCCCCGUUGUUCCUCCGCGCCAGGGUUUCCAGCUCUUCGAAUGGGAGCCCGUGGGCGUCUUAGAGCGGGUUGCCAGAGGGCUUUCGGUGCAUCGAUCCAUCAUCCCCGACAUCUUCGCCGCCCUGGCAAAGUACUGGGACGACAUUCACGACACGAUCGACCACCAGCCGCGCCCUGAGUGGGACGAGAACGAUUGCAGUGGCAGUGGCAUCUCAGCUUGUACGUUUGCAAGCAUGUGCGUGUGCAAGGGCGCUGGGCUAGAGGUCCAGAAGUUCGUGGAUCACUUCGAUGCUGCUGUGAAGCUGGCGUGCCCAGUCGGGCGCAUCAGAACAGAGAGCUUGGCCCACGGCUACAUCUGUGUGUACGUCUUCGCGCAGCGCCAGCCUACUGACGACGAUGAGGACAUCGAUGUCGCCACGAACGGCCUUGUCGAGCGGCUGCCAAUCGUCGACGACAUGUGGCUGCACAUCGGCAGCCACAGCUUAUCGCCAUGGCGGUCGUGCUUUCAGACCUUGCGCGGCCCGACGGGUCCGAUGCAUCCGAGCAUCGGGGUGAGCAUCCAUCGAUUAGAGGCCACUGUACAGUUCGCGACGCCGUGGCAGGCGUUCAAAGACUUCGACAGGGAUCUUCGGUGGUCUGUGUGCGUGUACCACAUGGACGUGAGGGUCAGCCCGAUCGGCACGUUCGUGCCGAACUGCGUCGAUGUGCACUUGCUGGAAGAUGACGAACAGCCAGGCGUCCCGACGUGCAGGGUCAUCUGGAAGCCGCCGUGGGCGAAGUGGAGGAAAAAGCAGAUCAAGCACCCUAAGAAGGACGCAGACGUGAAGUCUGGGUGGCACUCCAUCGAGCCGAUCGAGAACGUCAAGCAGGACUGCGACGAGGACCACAAGUCAGACGAGGACGAUGGCGACGAACAGCCUGACCAUGGACGCGAACUCCCUGGAGGCGACGCCGUUGCUGGUAGCGUUGAUGAUGCAGGUGGCGGCAGCGCAAGCGGCAUGGACGCCGAGGACGGUGACGUGGUCGACGUUCACGGUGAGCCACUUGUCGCGAAGUUCGAUGGCAGUGGCGUGGAACCAGCUGGCGAAGCGCCUUCAUCC